AUGGCUCCUCGCAAGCGCGCCGCCGCUCAGCUGCCCUUUGGUGUACCUAGCACCAGCCCCAUGAAACGGAAGGCUGCUAGGGAGGUGGUUGACAUACACCCACAUAAGCGCACUCAGGCGGCGCAUCUGCAAGCACGGCUUAAUGCACUGCUUGCCAGGAAACCACUCCCCUCAAUUCCCAGCCCUUCCCAGACACUAGAAGAGGAUAAUCCCUACUUCUCCGAGCCUCUUGAGCCACCAAAGACACUUCCUGAUCAUUCUGGGGAUCCUAGCCAGCACUCAGAAGAUGCAUCUGUUCAGCCUUUGGUCUCAAACGGAAAUCUUGAUGAGCCAAUGCCUGCAGUCAAUGAGCGUGCUGUACAGGCUGCAGACAAUUGGGAAACUCUUUUGCCCAAGUUGGAAUCUGUGUUUCUCGAUUUUCAUCAUAUCAGUCGGGUGCAGAUCCGUCUGUGCCGAUGCAAAUGCCUGCCCGUGCUGCUCUUGGAGAAUGGGGUAUUUCCGGGAACUCCUGUCAAGCCACAGAUAGGAGUUUCUCUCGACGUUUUGGACUCGUACCGAGCCUACUUCGAGCGAUCUGCCGAUGCAAUCACAGCCCUAGCUGCCUCCUUGGCUACAGUAUAUCGGCGUUGGGGAUUUGAGCUGGGAUUUGAUUUGACGGCUGUGGAACACAUUGAUGAUCCCUUCCGCAACGUGCUGUCACAUGCUGUUCUCUACUCAUCUCUGGUUCGUUCGCAGUUGGAGAAGCGACUUGAAGUGUGUCUGAGAGCAACAGAAGAUGUCAUAGCAGUGGAGGAAAAAGUGGCAGCUGAGAGACAAGCUGAGCUUGAAAAUGCUGAGAUGCCAUUGGCAGCUGAGCUUGAUGUAGAAUUUGGAGGUGUGGAGUCUGCGCCAUCUGGCGGAGCAGAGCAGGCACCAGCCUUGUAUGCUGGCCACGUGUCUGAGGACCCAUCUGCAUUGACACAUUUGACCAAAGGACAUGCCGAUUGUGUAUUACAAGAACGGUGUCCUGCCUGCUUUGCACUGGAGGAAUGGGGAAGAUCGCUGAGCGAAGGUGGUGAUGUGCAGCUGGGAGGAGAUGGGUGUUUCAGCCUACGACACCUUCGCUCCUCUGGAGAUGGUCCCAUUCUCUUCUCCCCAGCAUACUUCCUGAGUAACGCAGAGAUGAAAACUACUCGUGCGCGCAUCACUGCUGCAAGAGCCAAGCCGCCUCGCAAAUUCAAACCUGCCAUUCCUCAGGCUGCUCUCGACUCAUGUCAGAGUUCAUUUGAUGCUGCCAACGAGAGCAAGCAGAAGGCUGAUCCAAAGCACUUUGAUUCAACUGGUGCCUUCGUUCUCACCUGUCGCCACUCACAGGUGUUGUUUCUGGCAAACAUUGAUACCCCAGGAGAGCAGCAGUGUUAUCUGGUUGCUCUUUUGGACAAAGUCGCAUCUCUUCUUCCACCAGUGGCAACAAUCUUACAGGCCUACGAUAUUGGAUUACCCACUGCUUUCUCCAACUCUUCGGGAGCGAAUGUCAGGGGACGCCGCGCUCCUUGGGCACGUGACCAUGCACGUGACCCACUGCACCCUCUCUGCCGACCCGUGCCUGCUCACCUGUCGAUCACCCAGCCUCCUCCUCCUCCUCCGAUCCUCAUCUCCAUCCAUGCCGACAUCCGCCCUCUCCCUUCUUCCCCCGGCCAUCUCCCUCAAAUCCCCGCAAGCGGUCUAGCCAAGCCCGAUUCCUUGCACCAGGGAGUGCUACUGCCGCUCGUACCAGAUGCCCUUGCGCUCAUCCGCACCACCCCUCUUCCCAGUUGGGCAUUGGUCCUCGCCUCCAAUGUCUCCACUGGCUGGCCCGGCACUGGCCUGGCCGCUGGGCUCCUCCAGUGUGGCCUUCCACUGUUGGUGUCUCAGGAGCUGGUCAUCACUGGCCCCUCUGAGCCACUCACUAUCUUAUCUGGGUUUGUCAUUAUCUACUUGUCAUCUGCCAUUGUUCCAUGGCAGUGA